AUGAAGUUGAACGGUGUUACAGAUGAUGCAAUCAGACUACGCCUUUUCCCCUUCUCACUUCGAGACAGGGCAAAUGAGUGGUUAAGAGAUGAAGGCAUUGGCUCGUUCGAUACUUGGGACAAGUUAGUGAAGGCCUUCCUAGUGAAGUUUUUAGGAAAUGAGAAGACUGCAAGAUUGAGGAAUGAGCUACAAACUUUUAAGCAGUCAGAUGAUGAGUCUCUCUACAAGGCUUGGAGGAGAUUUAAAAGAUUGCAGAGACAAUGCCCUCACCAUGGCAUUCCAGAUUGGAUUUUGAUGCAGACCUUUUACAAUGGUAUGACUCAUGAGUUCCGUAUUUACAUAGAUGCUGCGUCAGGAGGUUCUCUCUUGACAAAGAACCCCACUGAAGCUAGAGAGCUCAUAGAGAAGAUGGCGGCUAAUGAUAACUAUCAUCCUGGAGGCCGAAACACUGUGAAAAAGGGAGGUAAACUUGAUGUUGAUGCUUUAACUAUGCUAACUAGUUCUGUACAGGCACUAACAAAUUUCCCACAGAUUUCGCAAAAUACGGAAGAAAUGUCAAUCGAGCAAGCCAAUGCUUUCUACUCCUCUAACCCAAAGAGGCCUUAUGACCCUUAUUCCAACACCUACAAUGAAGGAUGGAAACACCAUCCCAACUUUUCCUACAAAAACUCCCAAGCGCAACAAAACCCUCCACCACCACCUCAACCCAAUACCUACAACCAACCACCACCAGGCUUCCAACAGAAACCACCCAAUGCCCAACAACCUAUGCAACCACAACCUCAGAAAUCAAGCCUAGAGGUGACCUUAGAGAGCUUUAUAACCACAACAAACAGUGCCGUCCAACAUCAAAAUAGCUCUAUCCAACAGUUGCAGGCCCAAAGUAAACUUAUGGAGGAUCAGAUAAGCCAAUUGGCCAACCAAUUUAACCAAGCUUUAAAGACUCCAGGAACCUUCCCGGGCCAGACAGAACAACCUCAAAGAGCCCAAAUGAAUUUUGUAGCCCUGAGGAGUGGAAGGCAGUUGGACGAUCCUCCUACCAUGGAGCCAUCAAGGGAGGUCAAUGAAGAAGCAGAGGCAAGUGAGAAGGAAGUAGAAGAUGCUAGGGUUGAGGAGGCAUCAAAGGAACCACCACCAAAGCCACUUGCUCCAUAUGUGCCCAAGAUUCCUUUUCCUCAAAGGUUAGCAUAA